UUUGACAUUGCGUUGUUAUUGAUUUUAUUUAGAUAUAAGUGGUCAUUCCUUUUACGCGGAAUCAUGAGAUUAAAACAAUUACAGUAAGAAGAAGUAUUUAUGUAAGAAUUUUCUGUAGUAAAAACCAUGUCAGCAAAUGGAAACGGCGCUAAUUAUGCACCUUUGAAACAAACAUUAUCGGAUACAGAAUCUGAGGACGAUCAAAAAGGGGAAAAUGCAGUUCGUAUUAGAGCUACGGAUAGCUGCAACAACUUGGAAUACAAUAGUGGCUUACAAUCUUCCAAAAAUUACAGUAACAGCGAUAUGGAUGACUUAAAUACCAACGCCAACACAUUGGAGAGUACAAUGGACAACGUAAGUUUUCUUCAAUCAGAUGCCUCUAAUAAAAUGUCUUUGCCACGGCGUUGCGCGUUUGUGGCAUCAAUAUUUCUGUGCAUCUUUACAGUAAUAUUCUUUUUAUGGGGCAUUCCUUGUUCGAAUGUUGGGAACUGUCAAAAUAACCAGUGGCGUGAUAAAUCUGCUGGCUGGGAAUUACCUUAUUACGACUUAGAGCUGUCUGGCGCAAUUCAAGUUGUCAAUGGUGCUGUACCGAAAACAAAGAAUUUAAUCUUUAUCUACCGAGGCAACCAUAUGAAACAUGAAGGAUUUAAUAACAAUGACAAUGUUAAUGGAGUAUUACUUAUUGUUGGCAAUACUGGGGAGGUUGGAUGGUUUACUAGAGAAAAAAGAAUACCAACACAAAUAAAUUGUAAUCUAAUUGAUGUGAACAAAGAUAGACAAAAAGAUUGUUUAGUGGCCGGCACUGAGGGUUUGUUAGCAACAUUGAAUGCUCUCUCUGGGACACAUUAUUGGCAUGUUAAUAAAAAUGGAAAUAUCUCCACUGAUAUAGCUGCAAUUGACUUUCCUAUUAUUGUAAAUGAUACGGACAGUGAUGGAGUUUUAGAUUUGUUAACAAUAGGUACAGUCUACCCUAAUACAAACCACAAUGAACUGCUGCUGAUUUCUGGUGCCAAUGGUAACAUUAUCGGUGGACCAUUGAUUAUACCAGAAUGCACAUCUGUUAAACUGUUACCAGAAGCAACUUUCAUAACAUAUUUGUGUAAAAAUGGGCCAGCUGAAGCUGUAAGACAAAUUCUGUAUCCCCAUUUACUUAAAAAAUUAUCAGCAAAUCAUGGUAGUGAUGUACCUAUACCAAAAAAAGCAAAUUUAAGCUUAAAGAAGAAUAUAGGCAACACUAGAAAUGUAUUUAGUAAUGGACCGGGAAAACUUAUAGUUGAGAAUGAAGGGGAGUGUCCAAACUCUUGCCGAGUGAACCUGACUUUGGUGUUAGAACAAAAUGGUACCAAUAAUGUUACUUGGGAAUACACUGCAAACCAUGUGUUUGCAAUGACCCCAAGUUCAUUUUCUUUCCCAAACUCAAUACGCGGUUUUGUAUUAAAAUUAUGACAGUGGAAUAGUGCCCAUUUAGCAAAUGGUGCACGCAAAGUUGAUGAAGUAAGAUACAACAUGCAAAACCAAAGCCCGAAAAAUGUUUUUUACUAUCGCCCAAUGAUAAAUGUGGCUUCACUCUCUUCAUUUAUAAAGUAUACUAACUUUACAGCUCAUGACAUUUCCGAGAGAAUUGUUCUGGUGUCAUUUGAUAAGAAACAGAUUCAUAAUGUCAAUGUGAGCCAGACAGACAUAAUACAGAUAUGCGUUCGUGAGUCUAUGAACAACUUGCCAAUACCACUGUGUCAACCCGACCUUGAAUACCAGGAGCAAUCAUUGAAGAUC